AUGCAGGUAACGCCCACACCCAACACGGCCACAACGCCUGUGCGGCAGCCGUCCAUCUUCAGUCGCAGCAGUUCCACCGCCGCCGGUGCGAGUUCCUCGCGUCUCUCACUUCACCUCCACAGCAGUCUUCUGCACACACCGCCCACCGGCGCCAUCCGCACCCCGGCGGGAACCACGCGGUCCACCACGGCGAUGGCCGCAAGGGGCGGGAGCGAAGGGGCCGCACCGCCGCUGCUGCCAACGGCGGAGCUCCACCCGUUUCCACCGUACAGCGGGCGGCUCGAGCGGCAACACAGCAGUCGCCACGGCCUCACAGCCCGCAGUGAGGAAGACACCAUCACCACCACAGCAGCCGAGUUGGAGCGCGUGGAGGCGGAGGCCACAGAGGCCGCAAAGGGCAUGUCGCGGGAGGAGUUGGAGAACGCCGUGAAUGAACUCUACACAUCCAACCGCAUGCUGCAGAGCACUAUUCUUCUCGAGCGGGAGGAUCUGGCGAAGAUGCGGGAGGGACUGCGGGAGACGUAUGAGGCCGCAGAGAAGGAAGGCGAGAGCAUCACAAAUCAACUCACACGUCGUGUGGAUGCCGUGCGGCGUCAGAAGGCAGAGUUGGAGGCGCAACUGCACAGGGAAGAGGCGCUGAAGGCAGAACAGGAAGAUAAACUCGUAAAACUUAAGCUGAAUAGCUCAAAUUUGGCACGACGACUGCAUCGUGAAGAGAACGAGACACUGAAAGGAAUGAAAGAGGAACUACAGAAACUACAGAAACAGCGUCAACAGCUUGAGAGUAUGCUAUCGGAGGAGUCAUCCUCACUGCAUCAGUUGCAAGAAUUUGUUGAUGCCCUCCAACCCCAAACAGAUGACAAUACUGUUGGUAGAAGCAGCAGUAUGAGCAGUAGUAACACCAGCAACGAUCACAAUAAUAACAAUGAUAAUAGUAAUAAUAAUAAUAAUAAUAAUAAUAAUAAUAAUAAUAAUAACAAUGACAACAGCUUGACCCCUGCACAGAGUUCAAGCAGAGGUGGAGACCCAGUCCCUGAUGCUGCAGGGGCACUCCACUCGGACGCUCCGCCCUCACCACAGUGUGGAGCACCGGAAUACACAGACCCAGCUAGUGAUCCAGAGGAAAUGCUGCAGUACUUAAAGCACGAAGUCUCUGUUGUGGAGGCACUGCAGCGUGAGGCAUUUGAGCGUGGCAGGCGAUAUGAAAAGAAGCGGCAGGAACUUGAGUUGCGCAUUUCACAGGCGGAGCGUGAACGCCGCUCCAACCGCCACUCACUUGAAGGCAUUCACCAGGAACUUGUGGAGACAACAGCUACCGUUACGGAGCUAGCAAGUGCUGCGGAAAUGGCCAUGGAGGUGGAGAUUGAGCGUCAAAUACAUGAGAGCAGUCGAACGGGUUCUCUUAUGAGCGUCAGUCACGAGUGUUUAUCACCGUCUAUCAACCGCACACAAACACCACAUGAGUCGUCUGCGGGAGCCCCACAGCGAGCGGCGUAUCUGCAUCCACGUACCAAUAGUAGUAGUAGUACUAGCAGCAAGAAGUAG